AGAAGCUCUAUUUUAAGCUAUGGACGCAAAUGAAACGCGAUGGUGUACGGGCCAACCUGGGAGAAAAGUACAAGAUUAUAGAGUACUGUAUAAAUAGGCAUCCUUCUAUUAGCUGCUGGUACAUGCAGUGAUAAAUAUAGUUUUAAUUGACUUUUGUCAUUGCAGUGUGAUAUAGUUUUUGGCCGUCCUCUUGCUUGUCACUCUGAAUGUAGUUAUUGCGACGUGGCAGUAAAAGACAUUAAAAAAAACUAUUUUUUUCCUCAAAGUACCAAUAAUCAAGAAUUUAAAAGCCCUCUUUUAUAUGAGAAUAUAUAGAAGAAAAAACAUUUAACGCCGAAUCCGGUUUUACCAAACCCGAGGUAGCUAUUUUUUUUUUUUACAAAAUCUAAAUGUACAUUUAACCAAUACUCCGUCCAUGGAAAUAAGCCUAUAUUUAAAAGGUUAAUGCCACAGCACAUUCUUUUAUGAUUAAAAAUGUCACAGAUCUUAUUGUGAUAGAUGUUCAAUGCUGUGCUCUGUUCUCCUGAUCCUGUGAUAAGUCACCGCAAAAUAUUCCACGUUUUUUUUGUUUAACUCACUGAAUGUGCAAAACCUUGAUAUUAAGCGAGGACGUGGCUAAUAUAUCGCGUUUAUGGAUGCGGAUGAAGCGAAGGAGAGCAGCCCGGAGGCUGAUUCAUGGAGGCUGAUCGGCCCGGCCGGCGAGCUCUCCGGGAAAAGGUGCCGCCUGAUAUAUUCGUCUCUCGGCGGUCACUCGGAUAUUUGUCUUUUCCAUGUGAAAGGCGAGUUUUUCGCCAUGGAUGCCCGCUGCGCGCACUCGGGGGGACCGUUGUGUGACGGUGAUAUAGAGGAUGCUGAUGGUAUUCUCCGGGUUUACUGUCCCUGGCAUGAUUAUGACUUUAAUAUUCGUACUGGGGCGUCACAGACUGGAUUACAGCAACAGGUGCACCGUGUCAAAGUGGAGGACGGCAUGGUGUACGUGCAGCACCCGGCCUUACUCUCCCUGCAGACCUUCUCGCCAGGCAGGAAGAGCUGACAUCCAGACCGAAAUCCCUGCACCCUGUGCUCGGAGAUGGAGUCGUGCAUCUGCUCAAAUCUGAACUGUUUCGUAAGAUUUUGUAAAGUCUAUCUGAGGCGAUUCUGUCAUUACCUAUGACCCCCGUAAGGCUUUUCCACUUGAAUCUGUCCGCGUGACUCAUGCUUUUACCAAGGCGAUUGUCUGACGGGGAAAUUACCUCAUCCUCACCAUUAGCCCCCCCCACCCACCAGUCUAUAAAUGGCUGGGCAUUAGUUGCUCAUGGCAACAAACAGAAGAUGAGGUUCACGGUUUGGUCUUCUAAUUGAUAAAAUGGUUGGGUACUUGGGGGAGGAAUGAGGUCUUACUUUUUUACUACUGAAAGAAGCAGUAGUGAGUAAUGCUUUUCCCCAAAGCCAUUCCUUUAAUCAGGGGAUUAGCACAUGCAGUGGUGCAGGGGAGAGUUUGAGAUUGAGGGGAAUGCAGCUUCAUAAUUUAAGUACAACAGUAUGUUUAUUGGGGGGAUGAAUGGAAGCAAAUUCAAUUUUGGGAGAGGGAAGCAGUUUAUGUCAUAAUAACUGAGAUUUUUAUCUGUUUUUUGUCAUCCAUAUGUUGUGUUUUGGUGGCCAUAAUGUCCUCCAUAUAUAAUUGUGGGGACAUCACCAUAGUCCUCUAUAUAUACAUAUAUAAAUAAAAUAUGUAUAUGUAUGUUUGUGUGUGUGUGUGUAUGUAUGUAUGUAAGUUUAGGGUGAACUACACUGUAACAGUGUAAGAACUAAGGCAGCCUCAUUGCAGCCAUUCCAACACUGUACUAAGUGAAAAAACAUCCCUGAUGCACGUUGUUCAGUCGGACCGUGAGGUGGAACACUUCUGAACGACGUAGCCUUGAAGCGCCAUAAUUUAUAAAGUGCUGUUUGAGUAACAGCCGUGUUACUGUUGCAUGCUUUCUACCCCCAGAAAACUGGCAAAUGGUACAUCCUCUAUUACUAAAUCUCACUUUGCCACUUCCAUUCUGCCAACAGAAGCUCCUCUUGUGCCCCGUGCUCCCACCACCUAUGUUUCGAGGCUCCGAUCAGACCCUGUUUUUGCUGGCAGUAUCCACUGUAUGGAUAGGAUCUCUGCCCUGUUCAGUACUUCAUUAACCAAGAAGUAAUUCACUGUGAUGCUUCUCAUGUCUGUAUGUAGAUGAAUCGCCUGUUAUUGCUUUCGGUGAGUAUGGUCAGUGUUAAGGCUUGAACAUUGCUGACCUGGAUCUGUGAAAACAAAUUCCUCCAGCGGAUGGUGGCUGGUCAGUGUUAGAGAUGACUAAUUUGGGAAAACUUAGGCGAUGUCACGCCUCAACAAUGCAUUACCUAAUGCUUGUCUGUUAUCUGUGAGUUUACCAUUCACUGAAAUGCAGUGCUGCGUACGGUUCAUUUCUAUUGUUUAAAUGACAGAUGUUCUUCUGCACUGGUCUGUUUGUGAUGAUUGACGCACCAAAGUCUGUGUUAUUUAUUACAGAUUUAAAUUGGAAUACAUGUAUGCUUUGUGUAUGUACAUAUAUGUGCAAAAGUCUUUAGGCAGUCAAAGAAAAUUAUAUUUAAAUGAUCUUCAUGUUGGUGUAAAACUAUGAUUUUAUGCCUGUCAAAGUGUGUCAGCUUAGCCAUUUCAAACCCUCCGCUAAAAUCAUCCCGGUAUUUCCAGUGACCUUCCAAUAUACUCAUGUAUUUGUUUACUCAAUCACAACCCCACCUUGUUUGGCUAAUCAAUACCUUAUUAAUGUGUUUAACUAAAUAAGUUCAUUUAUUAAUCAAAUUGAUGGAGAAAUUUUACAAACACAUGGAACGGCUGAGGUGCCCCUGAGGAGAGGUUUGGGAACUGAAGCGCUGUUCAUCUAGCCAUCCAAGGAGAUAUCAGAUUUUGGAGAAAAGAAGAAAUUCUUAUAGAUAUUUUUAUUGUGUUAAUGUUAAUUUACAUAUAUUAUAAUAAAUUAUGUUUUUUUACUGAGCAAAUGCAGAAACAGAAAAAAAAAUAUUAAACAGAAAAAUAGCCUUAAUCAUUUCCUUUGACCACCUAAGACUGUAUGUAAUGGUAUCUGGUGGAUUUUGUUGCAUUUAUGGGGUGACACUGGCUUAUCCUUUAUCGAAUGUGAAAUAUAAAAAGU